ACUUUCUGUGUGCUCUAAGCAACAGCACAGCAACGUGAGUGUCGUGUCUGAUUAGAUGAUGAUUGUGAAUCGUUAGAUCAAACUUAAAGUUUACUUUAGACUGAGUGUUUCUUAGGACUUGCUUGUGCGUGCUUCGAAUAGUGUGUGAUGGUGGAGUAUUGCUUAUAAUAUGACUUCAUUGAUACCCUUGUCCUCCCCUGUUAAAAGAUUGCUCGGUUGGAAACGAGGUGAAGGUGAAGAAAAGUGGAGUGAAAAAGCUGUCAAAAGUCUUGUUAAGAAGCUUAAAAAAAGUGGGGGCUUGGAUGAGUUAGAGAAAGCUGUAACUUCCCAAAGUUCCAGCACAAAGUGUAUUACUAUUCCAAGAUCUUUGGACGGCCGACUUCAAGUAUCCCAACGUAAAGGGCUACCCCAUGUAAUUUAUUGUCGUCUGUGGAGGUGGCCAGAUUUACAGACCCACCACGAAUUGCAUGCACUAGAGCAUUGCGAAUACGCCUUCCAGCUCAAACGAGACGAAGUUUGUGUUAAUCCUUAUCAUUACCAAAGGGUUGAAACUCCAGUUUUACCGCCAAUCUUGGUUCCACGCCAAGCAGAAACUGGAGUAAACAGCGUCAACCUUUCAACAACAGGAGCCAGUAAUAACCAUCAAAUCGUGAAUAGCACAGUUGCCACCAUUCAAGACCUACUUUCGCUGGAUGAUCUGCCGUUGUCGAUAGCCGACGGUCCCGACUUUAUCAUGUCGACCGCCGGGGUGAAUUCACCUAGUCCUGCAUCAAUUGGUAGUGGCGAUGGUGGUGGUGGAACGUUUCCCUUAACAGAAACUCCUCCGCCUGGUUACAUGUCGGAAGACGGCGACACCCAAGAGCCCGCAGAUAUGAUGAAUGGUAGUCGAGUUUCACCUAGCCCUCCUAUCGAUGCCCAGCCCGUUAUGUACUGCGAGCCGGCGUUCUGGUGUUCGAUAAGCUAUUAUGAAUUAAACACACGCGUGGGAGAAACUUUCCAUGCAUCUCAGCCAUCCAUUACUGUUGACGGUUUUACUGAUCCCAGUAAUUCGGAACGAUUUUGCCUCGGACUUUUAUCGAACGUAAACCGCAACCCUGUGGUGGAACAAACCCGACGACACAUUGGGAAAGGAGUCCGUCUCUAUUAUAUCGGGGGCGAGGUCUUUGCCGAGUGUUUGAGCGAUUCGUCAAUAUUUGUUCAAUCACCAAACUGCAAUCAGCGUUACGGUUGGCAUCCGGCAACUGUCUGUAAAAUCCCACCUGGUUGUAAUUUAAAAAUAUUUAACAACCAAGAAUUUGCAGCUCUGUUAUCUCAGUCAGUAAGCCAAGGCUUCGAAGCUGUUUAUCAGCUGACGAGAAUGUGUACCAUUCGGAUGAGCUUCGUCAAAGGAUGGGGCGCUGAGUACAGACGUCAGACAGUAACUUCUACCCCGUGUUGGAUCGAACUCCACCUGAACGGUCCACUGCAGUGGCUAGAUCGAGUUCUGACUCAAAUGGGAUCGCCCCGCCUUCCAUGUAGCUCCAUGUCGUGAUUAUGAAAUAACUUUUGAAGUGCAUACCCACCUUCCGGUUCGGCAGUAAAUCCUUCGUCGAAGGUACAGCGACGCCGAGCACUAGGUCACUCAACAACUGUUCUCUAUCGACAUCUAUCCAUACUAGCGUUUCGGAACGCAGAUAAAAUAAUAGUUUCGCAAACCUGCUUGCGCCGAUUAAUUACUUAAUUCGAAAAAGUUUCCCCGAUCAUGCUCACAUGCAAAUAUUGGUGAGCAGUUCUCCUGUUUGCUAUUUCUUUUUACAUCCUUUCUCUUGCCGUUUAUUUUCUUUUUCUAGUUUUUUCCUGAUACGCUCACUGUCCGUUCAUUAUUCCACUCGGAUGUGCAAUAGUCGAUUCUAUCAGACGAACCAAAAUAGCCCGCUCUUCUGCUGCCGUACAGUACCCACCCACAAGCAUUUACCGUUUUUCCAUAGCCCAAACUACCUCGCAAGCUGCGUUCCGCGUUGCUCGACGUAGUCCACAAC